UGGGUUACAUUACUCAGCCCCACCUCUUCCGGCGCACGCUCGAUCAUGGCGCAGGGGCAACGUAAGUUCCAGGCGCAGAAGCCGGCCAAGAGCAAGGCGGUGGCGGCGGCCUCACAGCGGAACCGAGGCCCGAGGAAGGGAGGUCGUGUUAUCGCUCCCAAGAAGGCGCGCAUUGUACAGCAGCAAAAGGUCAAGAAGGGCCUGGAGGUGGCGAUCCGGAAGAAGAUUGAACAUGAUGUGGUGAUGAAAGCCAGCACCAGCCUGCCCAAGAAGCUGGCAGUGCUGAAGGCCCCCCCUACCAAGAAGAAGUAGGCAGCCUCUUCCUCCUCCACUGAGACAAGACACCUUCCUAAGGACACCUGCCUCCGUGCCCCAGCCUCUGCAGUUGACUCCCUGGGCAGUACUGUGGACAGAUGGAGCCCUGCUCCCCGGAGCCUUGGGUUGCCGCUCAAACUUUGGACGGGGGUUGGGGGCGGGGGUUGGCCUGGCCUGUGACCAGGUGGUAGCACCGUGGUGCAUGGGCAGCUUCCCAGGAUGCCGAGAAUUCAGCGAUGGUCCUAAGGACAUGUUCACCAACUUUCUGUGUCCCCCUCCCCCUUCAAAUUCUGUGUCCACUGGUUUAACCCAGAACAAUAAACUUGGCUUUGUCAUUCCUCCCACGGUCACAUGUUCCUGUGAACAGGCCCGUGCUGGGACCGUGGACCAGGUACACUGGCCCAGUCAACCCCAGCAAUUUCUGCAGCCCAGCCAAAUGCUCAGGGAAGGGUGACUGGGCUUCUUCAUGUCCAUCCUAGUAGCUGAUGGAGAGUCUUUACCUCCCUCCAACCCCAGAUGGCUCACACCAACCUCCUUACUCACGUGCACACCCUCCCCAGACAUGCCCGGUCACCCUGCCCCAACCUGGCACAAGCCAGGAGGCGUAGGGAGCUCUUUUUCCAUCUGUAGAAUGGUGUUGACACCAUCUGGUAGGGUCACAGUCCCAAUUCAACCAGAAUAUACUUACAGCUGCUCAAAGCCACCUCGAUCCAUAAAAAAGUCAAAAUGUCUAUUAUGCCUAUGGUGAAGGCAUUGUGCUAGUGCUUCCUGUACAUCAUUUCAUCCCAGAGUGGGUCAUGUUACAUUCUCGAGACAGUAUGGGAACCCACCACUGGCUGAGUCCCAGUGUGUACUGUCAGCGGACCACCUGUUGCCUCUGCAGACCAACAUCGUUGCCUGUUCCAUCUGGGGUGUCCCCUUCCCCGAGUCUUCACUUGAUUGAGGCUGCCAGACUGGACAUGCCUGUGGAGUCCGCUGGGAGCUCUGACUUGGUGACUGCCCUUCCCUCCCGCUGUUGGAGGUGAGAGCUCACUGCGGGGUGACGAGGCUGGGCUCAGGGAAACUUCAAAAUGGAAGGUCUUUCCAUGAGGUUCCAGCUCUGCUGCCACAGCCACUGGUUUUUGAGAGGUAGAUUAGGGUUUUUAUGCAUGAAAUUGUUCUUCCUGCUUUUUUAUGUGUAUGUGUUUAAAACUCACCUAUACAAUUGACAUUUAAAAAUAGACAAUUCAGAAAAGGGCUCACGGAUGUGGACGACAAUGUGGUAAUAGCUGAGGGGAGAGGAGUAAACAGUAAUGGAAAA